AUGUCUGAUGCGGGUUCGCCUGCCGAGAGCCUCCACGAGGAAGAGAACGACGAGACUCAUGAAGGAUCAGGAGACUAUGACAUUGCCCGUGCUGGCGACUCAGAUAAAGAUUCAGACGCCCUAUCCGACAUCGACGAAGAUCAAUUCGACGACUAUGACCCCGCUACCGCUCGUGUUGACGAGAAACGACCUGAACCCCAGGUUAUCGACGAAGACGCGGCACGUACGCUAAAGGCUGGAAAGCGAAAGGGAACAGCUACGAAGAAACCUAAAGAAGGAAGGCGCGCGAAGAAGCGAUCACGCGACGAUGAUAAUGACGGAGCAGAUGGCGAGAUUCUACAUACUAAACGUGUCCGCAAGAUCCCUGGAGCAGAUGUUCCGGAGCAGGAAUCGGAGCAUGAAAAUGAAGAGAAUCUAACUCCCGAAGAGAGAAGGCGUCGAGCUAUCGAGCGCGCCGCCAGAAAUCAAUCGAAGCCAAAGGGUGUCAGACGAAAGAAGAAGGAUGAAGUUGAUUUGGAAGAUGAGUUGGAUGAGCGAAUCGCGGACCUUAAAGUUCGCAUGGAGAAUGCCUGCCAGGCAGACAACCAAGCGCGUGAAGCAGGCCAACCAGCUCUACACAAGUUGAAGCUUCUCCCCGAGGUGAUGGCGCUGCUUAAUCGUAACACCAAUCAAGCAGCGGUUGUCGACCCGGAUACCAACUUCCUACAACACGUAAAAUUCUUCCUCGAACCCCUUAACGACGGUUCAUUACCUGCCUACAAUAUUCAGCGCGAUAUCUUCCAAGCCCUAACGCGGCUCCCUAUUGAGAAAGAGACUCUGCGAUCAAGUGGCAUCGGCAAAGUUGUCCUGUUCUAUACGAAGAGCAAGAAGCCUGAGAUUAGUAUUAAGCGAAUGGCUGAGCGUCUACUGGGCGAGUGGAGUAGACCUAUUCUCAAGCGUACUGACGACUACAAGAAGCGUCAUAUCGAGACGCGAGACUUUGAUUACCAAGCGGCGAAGCUUCGACAGGUCGCCACGAGUAGUCAGUUGACGCUUAACCAGCGCCACACUACACAAAGCCUUGCGGAAGAGGAGCGCGCACGCAUGCUGGCUCCUGCAAGAGAUGUUAGUCGUGCGCGGGUUAUGGGUCUUCCCUCGACGUAUACAAUCGCCCCGCGUAGUACUUUUGAUCCCACACGCGCCCCAGACUAUCGACCAAUCGGUGCCAGCGGAAUUGAAGCGUUCCGCAAGAUGACUCAGAAAGGGAAGAAGAAGGGCUAA